UCUUCAUCCAUGUAAGAAAAUCAGCGUACACGUAUCGACGAACGAAACGAGUUAAAGCUCGUCGACCAAAUAAUUUAGUUAGGAAUGGCACGGUUGCUAGAAGAAGCUCACUGGUUGUACGAGAAGGACGUGUCGAGCGUGUUGUUCCCUCGCAGUUACAACUUGAGCAGAGAACCGAAAGCGUUCCUCGAUGAUUUUCGUUUGACCGCGGCAGCCGGUUUGCUCAAGUGGUUCGUUCAAACAAUGCAAAAUGACCAAGCCGUGACACAGAACCAGGGACAACGUUUCAUUCCAAUGAGUCGGUUGGAAUUUGCCAUAAAACGUUGCGAGGAAUUUAUCGCUUGCGAAAAUCACCAGAACAUAGAUGAAGAGUUUGACAUCGAGCUUUCGGAAGAGGAAUGGAACUCCUUUCUUGACGAUUAUGCCGCGGCUGUACACGAUUCCGCAACAAUCGAAAUUACUUCCGAGAGAAGCGGAGAACAGUUACAAAAGUAUCUCGAGGUGACAAAUACGGCGUUGUCGAAAUUGAAAGAUGUCGAUCCACAGUACGAGUUGAACGGAAUGCGAAAUAUCUGGAUUUUAAAACCGAGCGAACUUUGUUGCGGAACCGGAAUCAGUAUAUCUCAUAAUCUCAAGGACAUAUUCCGGAGAGUGAAGAGUAGACCAAAAGAUUAUUUCAUCGUCCAAAAAUACAUCGAACGUCCUUUGUUGAUUCACGAAACGAAGUUUGACAUAAGGCAGUGGUACCUCGUCACCAGCACGUUCCCUAUGACUAUAUGGUUGUUCAAGGAAGGACUGCUUCGGUUCAGCUCGAAGCCGUACACCUUCUCAACUUAUCACGAAGCGAUUCAUAUCUGCAAUACCGCCAUUCAAGAGAAGUACGACGAAGAAAGAAGGCGAAGGAGGAAACGUGGAAUUUCGGAGGAAAUCGUAAAGACGAUCCGUGAUCAAGGAUGGGACUGCGACAAGCUGAACGAAUAUUUAAAGCAAACGGGAUACGAGGGCGAACCGUAUUACGAGAAGAUCUAUCCGAAAAUGGCAGAAGCUAUAGUUCUAACGAUGCUGGCCGCUCAAGAACACAUGGACAGACGGCGAUGCAGUUUCGAGUUGUACGGUGCGGAUUUCGUCGUGAUGGAGGACCUUUCGGUCUGGUUGAUCGAGAUCAACACGAAUCCUAGGAUGCAUCCGCCAAGCUCGAGAAUCACUAAACGCUUGUACUCCAACGUGCUCGAGAGCUUGGUUAAAGUGAUAAUGGACGUGCCGGUGAACGCGGUUGCGGAUACAGGUGGAUUCAGUCUGGUCUACAAGCAAAAUAUACCCGACUUUCGGCCUUAUCUCGGUCCUUGCCUGUUCGUCUUCGGUAAGUCGAUAACGUUGCAGGAGCAUCCGCGAAAGCGGGAUAAAAAGAAGAAGUCGAAUGGUGCGUCCAAGCAGCAACAACAGCAACAACCACAGCAACUACUGCCGCAACUACCACAGCAACCGCAACACCGUGCAUGGACUGCUCCGCCAAUGAUUCCACGUUUGAGAGAACCGAAAAUAGUCGACUUUAUCGACUACUUGAACACCGCCCGCUGCACUGCCGCCAACUGAUGCGCCUGCUUGUUAUCGUCGAUGCAUCCACCCAGCUAACCUACAGACUGUUUCAACGAGAGCGCGCCGUACAAAAUUUACCGAUUUCUCGCGCUCAAAGAAAUUCGGAAGAUCUCGACCAUUCGCAGGUCGAAGGUUUACGUUUUCAGGAUACGAGCGAUUCAAAAUUUCUACAGGCUGAGAAACGCGUGUAAAAUACCUAAGCGUACUCACUGUGGACGUCGUUGAACGAUCAGAGACCGAUUAUAUUAGAGUUUAUUUGCCUAGAGGGUCGCAGGUGAAUGACCCAUCACUGUUUAGUAGUACUUGAACACGCGCGUACACGUAUUUACUAGGGUCGUUGAUUCGAACCGAGUGUCUCACGGGUACCCUCAUAUCUCGUAAAUCAACAGUUUGAUGGCUCCUUGUACGAGAGUAUCUUUGUAACCGUGUAUCGAUUAUUCCCGGUUUUAUCAAUUUCCUAGAAAGCGCUUCGAUAAUUAUGCGCUCGACUCUGAAUCGUUCGUAUCUUGCGAAGCGUGAAACUUUUCUAGCAAAUGGAAAUUUCUACGGAUCGAUAGCUUUCUGAUUUCCGAGGUAACUUAUGCGAGAAAAGUCGGAUGUAUCGCGGAAUAGUAUAUGAACCCAAGGCAGACGAAGCAAUUAACGUUGUCGUGAACUGGUGCCGUUGUCUCAGCGACGUCGUUUUUUUCGGCAACAUCCUCCCAGAAAUACCGGGUAAAAAAGAGAAUCCAGUAUUCGUGCAAAGUCUUUUAUAUUGUUCGCGGUAGAGUAGGGACGAACAGUGCACAGAAGUAACGCUUUGUCUUCGCGAAGCGCACGCCAAGUACGCGUCCGAGAAAAAAAGAAUGUACCCUUUUCCGUGAACGAACGUUUUAUAUAAAAUAUUUUGCUGUGCACCACAUUUCCUAAGUAUUAUACCGUGGAAAUACAAAAGGACUUCUCGUUAAAUUUGUAAACCAAGUAUUUCUUCAUACCAAUUAACGAACGAGAACAAACGAAAUAAAUCGACAACGUUUAACGUUUUAA